GUCCGCGCCCCCGGUGCUGAAGCGACAUGGCCGGUGGCUGGGCCCCGGCUUGAGCCCCGAGCCCCGCGCUGCGCCCGCUGCGCUCCGGCCGCCGGAGUCAUGUCUCUGCUGUGCGUCGGAGUCAAAAAAGCCAAGUUUGACGGUGCCCAAGAGAAGUUCAACACAUACGUGACUCUGAAGGUGCAGAACGUGAAGAGCACUACCAUCGCUGUGCGAGGCAGCCAGCCCAGCUGGGAGCAGGACUUCAUGUUCGAGAUCAACCGCCUGGAUCUGGGCCUGACGGUGGAGGUGUGGAACAAGGGUCUCAUCUGGGACACUAUGGUGGGCACUGUGUGGAUCCCGCUGCGGACAAUUCGCCAAUCCAACGAGGAGGGUCCGGGAGAGUGGCUGACGCUGGACUCUCAGGCCAUCAUGGCAGACAGCGAGAUCUGUGGCACCAAGGACCCCACUUUCCACCGCAUCCUCCUAGAUGUGCACUUUGAGCUGCCCUUGGACAUCCCCGAGGAGGAGGCACGAUACUGGGCCAAGAAGCUGGAGCAGCUGAAUGCCAUGCGUGACCAGGAUGAGUACUCCUUCCAGGACCAGCCGGACAAGCCACUGCCUGUGCCCAGCAGCCAGUGUUGUAACUGGAAUUACUUUGGCUGGGGAGAGCAGAAUGAGGACCCCGACAGUGCCGUGGAUGACCGGGACAGCGACUAUCGGAGCGAGACCAGCAACAGCAUCCCGCCACCCUACUACACAACAUCGCAGCCCAAUGCCUCUGUGCACCAGUACUCCGUGCGGCCGCCCCCUCUGGGGUCCCGGGAGUCCUACAGCGACUCCAUGCACAGUUAUGAGGAGUUCUCAGAGCCUCGGGCGCUCAGCCCCACAGGCAGCAGCCGCUAUGCCUCCUCCGGGGAGCUGAGCCAGGGCAGUUCUCAGCUGAGUGAGGACUUCGACCCUGAUGAGCACAGCCUACAAGGCUCGGAGCUGGAUGACGACAGGGACCGCGAUUCCUAUCACUCCUGCCACAGCUCCGUGAGCUACCACAAGGACUCGCCCCACUGGGACCAGGGUGAGGAGGAUUUGGAAGAUGAGGAGCUGCCCGAGGAGGAGGAGGAGGAGGAGGAGGAAGAAGAAGAGGAAGAGGAGUUAGAGGAGGAGUUAGAGGAGGAGGAGGAGGUGCCCGAUGACCUGGCUAGCUAUGCCCAGCAGGAAGACACUACUGUGACUGAACCCAAAGAGUUCAAGCGCAUCAGCUUCCCGCCGUCUGCACCUCAGAAGGAGGCUAAGGUCCCGGCUAUGCCCACAGAAGCCCCUGAUGUGGCCAAGGGCGUCCCCAAGCCGGCCACCCCUGAAGAGAUGGCAGCAGCAGAACGCACACAGGAAGCCGAGCCCCCAAAGGUUGAAGAGAGUUUCAGGUCUCGAGAGGAUGAGGAGGGCCAGGAAGGGCAAGACGCCAUGUCCAGGGCCAAAUCUAACUGGCUGCGAGCUUUCAACAAGGUGCGGAUGCAGCUGCAGGAGGCACGUGGAGAAGGAGAGAUGUCCAAGUCCCUGUGGUUCAAAGGCGGCCCAGGUGGUGGCCUCAUCAUCAUUGACAGUAUGCCGGACAUCCGGAAACGGAAGCCCAUUCCCCUCGUGAGCGAUCUGGCUAUGUCACUGGUCCAGUCGCGGAAGGCAGGCAUCACCUCCGCCUUGGCUUCCAGCACAUUGAACAACGAGGAGCUGAAAAACCACGUUUACAAGAAGACCCUACAAGCCUUAAUCUACCCCAUCUCCUGCACCACGCCGCACAACUUUGAGGUGUGGACGGCCACCACGCCCACCUACUGCUACGAGUGCGAGGGGCUGCUGUGGGGCAUCGCGCGGCAGGGCAUGCGCUGCACCGAGUGUGGCGUUAAGUGCCAUGAGAAGUGCCAAGACCUGCUCAACGCCGACUGCCUGCAGCGGGCGGCGGAGAAGAGCUCCAAGCAUGGUGCGGAAGACCGCACGCAGAACAUCAUCAUGGUGCUGAAGGACCGCAUGAAGAUCCGCGAGCGCAACAAGCCCGAGAUCUUCGAGCUGAUCCAGGAGGUCUUCGCCGUCACCAAGAGCUCCCACACACAGCAGAUGAAGGCUGUCAAGCAGAGUGUGCUGGAUGGCACGUCCAAAUGGUCCGCCAAAAUCAGCAUCACAGUGGUGUGUGCCCAGGGUUUGCAGGCCAAGGACAAGACAGGAUCCAGUGAUCCCUAUGUCACUGUCCAGGUUGGGAAGACCAAGAAAAGGACAAAAACCAUCUAUGGGAACCUCAACCCGGUGUGGGAAGAGAAUUUCCACUUUGAGUGCCACAACUCCUCUGACCGGAUCAAAGUGCGCGUCUGGGACGAAGACGAUGACAUCAAGUCCCGCGUGAAGCAGAGGUUUAAGAGGGAGUCAGAUGACUUCCUGGGGCAGACCAUCAUCGAGGUGCGGACACUCAGUGGCGAGAUGGAUGUGUGGUACAAUCUGGACAAGAGAACAGACAAGUCAGCCGUGUCGGGGGCCAUUCGACUUCACAUCAGUGUGGAGAUCAAAGGGGAGGAGAAGGUGGCACCCUACCAUGUCCAGUACACCUGUCUGCAUGAGAACCUGUUCCACUUUGUGACGGAUGUGCAGAACAACGGUGUGGUGAAGAUCCCUGACGCCAAAGGUGAUGAUGCGUGGAAGGUUUACUAUGAUGAGACGGCCCAGGAGAUCGUGGACGAAUUUGCCAUGCGCUAUGGCGUGGAGUCCAUCUACCAAGCCAUGACCCACUUUGCCUGCCUCUCCUCCAAGUACAUGUGCCCUGGGGUACCCGCUGUCAUGAGCACCCUGCUUGCCAACAUCAAUGCCUACUAUGCACACACCACCGCCUCCACCAACGUGUCUGCCUCCGACCGCUUCGCCGCCUCCAACUUUGGGAAAGAGCGCUUCGUGAAGCUUCUGGAUCAGCUACACAACUCCCUGAGGAUCGACCUGUCCAUGUACCGGAACAACUUUCCAGCCAGCAGCCCCGAGCGGCUGCAGGACCUCAAGUCCACGGUGGACCUCCUCACCAGCAUCACGUUCUUCCGGAUGAAGGUUCAGGAGCUGCAGAGCCCCCCGCGUGCCAGCCAGGUGGUGAAGGACUGCGUGAAGGCCUGCCUCAACUCUACCUAUGAGUACAUCUUCAACAACUGCCACGAGCUGUACGGGCGCGAGUACCAGACGGACCCGGCCAAGAAGGGGGAGGUUCCCCCCGAGGAGCAGGGCCCCAGCAUCAAGAACCUGGACUUCUGGUCCAAGCUGAUCACACUCAUUGUGUCCAUCAUCGAGGAGGAUAAGAAUUCCUACACGCCAUGCCUCAACCAGUUUCCGCAGGAACUGAAUGUGGGAAAGAUCAGCGCCGAGGUGAUGUGGAGCCUGUUUGCUCAAGACAUGAAGUACGCCAUGGAGGAACACGACAAGCAUAGGCUGUGCAAGAGCGCAGACUACAUGAACCUGCACUUCAAGGUCAAGUGGCUGUACAAUGAGUAUGUGACCGAACUGCCUGCCUUCAAAGACCGCGUGCCCGAGUACCCCGCGUGGUUCGAACCCUUCGUCAUCCAAUGGUUAGACGAGAAUGAGGAGGUGUCCCGGGAUUUCCUACAUGGUGCGCUGGAGCGAGACAAGAAGGACGGGUUCCAGCAGACAUCGGAGCAUGCCCUGUUCUCCUGCUCCGUGGUGGACGUCUUCUCCCAGCUUAACCAGAGCUUCGAGAUCAUCAAAAAGCUGGAGUGUCCUGACCCCCAGAUCGUGGGCCACUACAUGAGGCGCUUCGCUAAGACCAUCAGCAACGUGCUUCUGCAGUAUGCCGACAUCAUCUCCAAGGACUUCGCCUCCUACUGUUCCAAGGAGAAAGAGAAAGUGCCCUGCAUCCUCAUGAACAACACGCAGCAGCUGCGGGUCCAACUGGAGAAGAUGUUUGAGGCGAUGGGUGGGAAGGAGCUGGAUGCCGAGGCCAGUGGCACCCUGAAGGACCUGCAGGUGAAACUCAACAGCGUCCUGGAUGAGCUCAGCCACGUGUUCGCCACCAGCUUCCAGCCGCACAUCGAGGAGUGUGUCAAACAGAUGGGUGACAUCCUGAGCCAGGUAAAAGGCACAGGCAACGUGCCCGCCAGUGCCUGUAGCAGUGUGGCCCAGGAUGCUGACAACGUGCUGCAGCCGAUUAUGGACCUGCUGGACAGCAACCUCACCCUGUUUGCCAAAAUCUGCGAAAAGACGGUUCUGAAGCGCGUGCUGAAGGAGCUGUGGAAGCUGGUGAUGAACACCAUGGAGAAGACCAUCGUUCUGCCGCCGCUCACAGACCAGACGAUGAUUGGCACCCUCUUGAGAAAACAUGGCAAGGGCCUAGAAAAGGGCAGGGUGAAACUGCCAAGCCACUCAGACGGAACACAGAUGAUCUUCAAUGCUGCCAAGGAGCUGGGCCAGCUGUCUAAACUUAAGGAUCACAUGGUCCGCGAGGAAGCCAAGAGCUUGACCCCGAAGCAGUGCGCCGUGGUCGAACUGGCCCUGGAUACCAUCAAGCAAUACUUCCACGCGGGGGGCGUGGGCCUCAAGAAGACCUUCCUGGAGAAGAGCCCUGACCUCCAGUCCCUGCGCUACGCCCUGUCACUCUACACGCAGGCCACCGACCUGCUCAUCAAAACCUUCGUGCAGACGCAGUCUGCGCAGGUCCAUGGUGGAAAGGGGACUAGGUUUACCCUUAGUGAAGACGUUUGUCCUGAGAUGGGCUCGGGUGUGGAAGACCCUGUGGGUGAAGUGUCUGUCCACGUGGAGUUGUUUGCACAUCCGGGAACUGGGGAGCAGAAAGUCACAGUGAAGGUGGUGGCUGCCAACGACCUCAAGUGGCAGACUUCCGGCAUCUUCCGCCCCUUCAUCGAGGUCAACAUCGUUGGGCCUCAGCUCAGUGACAAGAAGCGCAAGUUCGCCACCAAAUCCAAGAACAACAGCUGGGCGCCCAAGUACAACGAGAGCUUCCAGUUCUCGCUCAGCGCAGAUGCAGGCCCCGAGUGCUACGAGCUGCAGGUGUGCGUGAAGGACUACUGCUUCGCGCGCGAGGACCGCACGGUGGGACUGGCGGUGCUGCAGCUGCGGGAACUGGCCCAGCGCGGGAGCGCCGCGUGCUGGCUGCCACUCGGCCGCCGCAUCCACAUGGACGACACGGGGCUCACAGUGCUGCGCAUCCUGUCGCAGCGCAGCAACGACGAGGUGGCCAAGGAGUUCGUCAAGCUCAAGUCAGACACGCGCUCGGCCGAGGAGGGCGGUGCCGCGCCUGCACCCUAGCGCGAGUUAGGGUGGGGUGGGGCCUGGGGGCGAAUGAGGCCCCGCCCCGUAGACCCCACCCUUUCUAGAGGCCACACCCCUCCACCUCAGUGGCCUUGGCUGGGGAGGCCCUGCCUCCUGCCCCUAGAAAAGCCAUAGAGGGUCCGGUGCCCAGGGCAUGAACUGGUAGGGCUGCCUGGAGGCCGGGACGCAGCCUCUGGUUUCUGUGCAAAAAAAACAGUGCGGGAUGGGCUCUCAAAAGCACACGCGCCCUCGGGUGCACACCUGGGGCUGAGGGCGCCCCUCCACGCGGACCCCGCCCGCAGCACAGCGUGCCCACUGGCAGCUGGCGACCCCCUGAUCGUGCCACGCACGGUGGGCUGAGCGCUGACGGAUGUCCCAGCCCCCAUCGCUGCUAAAUAUCCUUCUCCCCAAUUCUUCCCCGGUCCCUCCUCCCCUCCGGGCCAGGGUCCCCGUUAAACCCUAAGGCUGCCAAACAAGAUCCCUAUCCAAGCCCUUCCCCCUGGGACUUUAGUCUGAACUGACAUACAACCUAGAGUUCCGUCGAGAAGAGGGGUUUGGGGUUUCCCCGGAGCCAGGCGCCCUCACCCCCUUUGUCCUUUCUCCAAAUCCAGGCAGGACAGAACAGAAAGAGAUAAGAAACUAGGAGGCUGGGAGGGAGAAUGGGAAGUGCGCUCUGUGUUCUGUGCUGUGCUGACAGACGAACGGCCCUUUUCUGAUUGGCUCCCAACUGCGGCGGAUGUCUCCUGGAUUCCAGCAGGGCAUUCAGAACCGAAGGGUAGGAUGCAGGCUCCAUGCAGGGACAGGGAGCUCAGAUGUCCCAUGUGCUGAGGGAAGACCAGCAGCCCUGACUCAGUUUAGGACAUCAGCCAUGGAUGGAUGGCUAAAGGGAAGGCGUUCUGGCCAGAGAGCGACCAUGGACAGUUUCUAAAUUGCUGGCAAGAAUGUGAAGUGUGUGUGUGUGGGGGGGUGUGACUGGCAGAACAAAGAUAGUUAGGUCAAAGUCUCUCUCUCUGUGUUCCUCUCUCCCCGUUCCCCCUUUCCUCUGUGUGUAUGUGUGUGUGCUGGCCCAGAAUGUUGAGGGAACGCCUGGGUGCGUUUGUUGAGUGGAUUAUUCUGAAUACCAGGCUAGGACUGUUUGAAAUGUCCUUUUGUUUACACAGAGAACUCCUAUUCAUCUUUCAAUACCCAUCACAAAAAUCCCCUCCUUAAAAAUAAUUCUGACUUCCCCAACUUCUUGCCCUUCUCUGACUUGGCCCUGGUGUCACAAGACUGGAGUGUGUGUACCUGGCUCUAAAACCCCUGAACUUCAUCAGGCUGAGGCAUCAUGGGAACCCAAGCUUCUCCAGGAGCAGUGAAGGUCAUGCUGCCUUGAGUUGUGUUGAGAGUGGCUGUGGGGUCUGCAUGUGACCCCACAUCCACACGCAUGCCUGUCCUUACAAUUUCCCCUACCCUGACAGAUCCCCCGCCCCCAGCAGGUGACCAGGCUGAACCUCAGGACACAGUAGAUGAAGACAGUAGAGGGGUGGGCUCUGAGCUCAGGAUAGAGGAAGCUACUCCAGGGCUGCUGGUCUGAGUCACCACCUGGACAGACACACUGGGAUGCAUGCAGGUCCGACUGGAGACAGGCUAGCCUGGCCUGCUGCAGGGAGUUUGAGGCUGGAAAGAGCCACAUCCACCCACAGGAGGGGCAGGACUGGCUGGGUGAGGAGCAGGGAAGAGCAGUGGCAAGAUGCGGGGUCCAGGCUCAUCCCCAGGGAGGGGCGGCCAGUCAUGCACUGUUCUAGGUUCUAUCCCCAACCCUGAAAAAUUAAAAAGGGCCUGCAGUCAGCUCACCCCAUCAGGAAGGGUCAGCACUUGAGGGGUGACCUCUGUACCCAGGCCCCUAUUGGGGCUCAAGGCCAGUUGCCUUGCCUGCCCCAUCAGACAUGCAAAAAAAAAAAAAAAAAAAAAAAGAAAAAAAAAUCAAACGCACCCAGAAUUCCUUGGGAUCUCUCUCAGCUGGGACCUCUCACCUGUCAGUCCCAAGGGCAGCCCUGCUGGGGGUGGAGUCAUGGUGCGGGGGGGGGGGGGGGCCCGGCCCAGCCCACCCCAGCAACUUUCAGGACCAAAGCUGGCUCUGGGGACCCAACUCCUCUCCUCUUUGCCUUUUGUUUUAAAAAGUAAAUUGGGUUGACCCUGUUGGGGGUGCAGGUGACAGGGAGGGUCCCCUGUACCCCAGAAGGUUCCUGACCCCAACCCCUGCCAUGCAGCCCAGGGAGCCCCUCCAUUAGCCUUUCUUCGCAUGUGACUGCAGAUGUGGAAUCCGAGAGUUGUUUGGUUUUUUUCCUUUCCUGUUUUUUUGGGAGGGUUUUUUAGGUCCACCCCGGUUAGUCCAGCAUCUCCCAAGAAACCCUCAUU